AUGUUGGAGGAUCUACUGCAGUGCUCUACUUCUGCCUCUCUGCUGGGAGUCAUGCUGCUGCUGCUGCUGUUUCACCUUUUCCAGUCCAGCUUCAGCUCCAGAGAACAGAACCGGGAGCCUCCAGGACCCAGAGCUUUUCCUCUGCUCGGAAACCUGCUUCAGCUGGAUCUCAAGAGACUGGACAAAGUGCUUUUUGAUCUUUCCAAAAAAUAUGGGCCAGUGUUCACAGUCUACCUUGGACCUCAGAAGGUGGUGGUUCUGGCCGGUUACAGAGCUGUCAAACAGGCUCUGGUCAGCCACGCUGUCGAGUUUGGAAACAGAGAAAUCACUCCUGUUUUCCAUGAUUUCAACCAAGGACACGGCAUUUUAUUUUCCAAUGGAGACUCGUGGCGAGAAAUGAGGCGGUUUGCUUUAACCACACUGAAGGAUUUUGGAAUGGGCCGCAGGAUCAGUGAAGGAAGAAUCACUGAGGAAUGUCAGUACCUGAUUGAGGAAUUUGAGCAACACAAAGGUAAACCCUUCAGCAACGCUCAGGCAAUUCAUUAUGCUGCGUCAAACAUUAUAUCGACUCUAAUGUUUGGAAAGAGGUUUGACUACGACGACCCGGUUUUACGAGCUAUGGUGGAAGCAGACAAAGAGACCAUCCAUCUGACGGGAUCAGCUUCCAUCAUGAUAUACAACGUAUUCCCCUGGCUGGGCCCUUUCCUCAAAAACUGGAGGAUUCUGAUGAAAAACGUGGAAAACAACAAGUCGAACAUAAGGAGGAUAAUAGCAGAUCUGAAGGGGACUCUCAACCCUGACAUGUGCAGAUGCUUUGUUGAUGCAUUUCUCAUCCGUCAGCAACAUCCAGAGAACUCACACUACCACGAUGACAACAUGCUCUACAGCGUGAUAAAUCUGUUUGCUGCUGGAACCGAUACGACAGGACAUUCCCUGCAGUGGUGUCUGCUUUUCAUGGCCAAAUAUCCUCAUAUUCAAGAGCAGGUGCAGGAGGAGCUGAGCAGGGUGGUUGGGAGUCGCCAGGUCCGGAUGGAGGACAGGAAGAAACUGCCGUUCACCGACGCUGUGAUCCACGAGUCCCAGAGGCUAGCUAACAUCGUCCCCAUGGCCCUCCCUCACACAACCAGCCAGGACGUCACCUUCCAGGGAUACUUCAUCAGAAAGGGAACCACAGUGUUUCCUCUGCUGACUUCUGUCCUACAUGAUGAGAGUGAAUGGGAGAGCCCGCACACCUUCAAUCCUGCUCAUUUCCUGAACGAGGAGGGCAAGUUUAUCCGGAGGGACGCCUUCAUGCCCUUUUCUGCAGGCCGCAGGGCUUGUCUUGGAGAGGGUCUGGCCAGAAUGGAGCUCUUCCUCUUCUUCACUUCCCUCCUGCAGCGCUUCCGUUUCACCGCUCCACCCGGAGUUUCAGAGGAUGAGCUGGAUCUGACGCCACUUGUGGGAUUCACACUCUCUCCUUCUCCUCAAGAGCUGUGUGCCGUCAGCCGCCAGUGACGAAGACUCCUGAUUGGUUGUUUUGGUCUUUAGUUGGUGAGAAUUGUGUGUAGAAAUG